CUUGGGGCAGGACGCUGGGAGUACAGCUGCAGUCACUGUGAUAAAGCGCGCCUUGGAACUAGAGUCCGAAUCCCGGUACACGCAGGCCCUAGUGUGUUACCAGGAGGGGAUUGACCUGCUCCUGCAGGUUCUGAAAGGUGAGCAGUGAGCCGGCGAGGGAGGACUGGAGGAAAAGAAGCUGCAUCCCGCUGUGUCUGGGCUGGAGAGAGGGAGUUAAAAUGAUUCCUGUGCACUGCGAGAAAGCAGUGAAAUACAGAAGAUGGGGUAUUCUACAGGACAGGCACCAAAGAUGAAACAAAGAAAUGUAAUCUCAGAAAAAGAAUUUCUGACUACAUGGAUAGAGCAGAAAGCAUAAAGAAAUACUUGGAUCAAGAAAAAGAAGCUGGAAAAUAUCAUAAGCAAAUUAAAAUAGAAGAGAACGCAACAGGUUUCAGUUAUGAGUCACUUUUUCAAGAAUACUUGAAUGAAACAGUUACAGAAGUUUGGAUAGAAGAUCCUUACAUCAGACAUACUCAUCAGCUGUAUAACUUCCUUCGAUUUUGUGAGAUGCUGGUUAAGAGACCUUGUAAAGUAAAAACUAUUCAUCUUCUCACCUCUUUGGAUGAAGGCAGUGGGAAAGAGCAGCAAAGUAGUGGCCUGCAAGAAAUAAAAGAGUCACUCAGGAAUCAUGGAGUGCAGUUGGAAUUAGAAUACUCUUCUUCCAUACACGACCGAGAAAUUAGGUUCAACAAUGGAUGGAUGAUUAAGAUUGGAAGGGGACUUGAUUACUUUAAGAAACCACAGAGUCGUUUUUCCCUUGGAUAUUGUGAUUUUGAUUUAAGACCAUGUCAUGAAACAACAGUGGACAUUUUUCAUAAUAAGCACACACAAAAAAUAUGAUGGGUAGUAGCCUAAUUUACAUUAUAUAUUUCUAUUUUGAAUGAAUAUUGGAUUUUUUUUCUCUUUUUUACUUUGGACAGAUCAUUCCUAUAAUGUAUGAAUUUAACAAUAAACUUUUACAUUCCUACUAA